AGAAGAUUGUAUCAACAGUCCAGCAACACAGACAAAACCCACAUUCUCCUGUGCUUGAUUUGUUAGCAGGUCCUGGUCUUGUAUGUAGACAUUUUUUAAGACAGGGUGUGUCUAAAGUUGUGGCCUUGGAUACACACCAGGAGUGUUUACAUUUACUCAAGGAAGUCCAACAAGAGUUUGGAAGUGAACGGUUUCAUUUCUUUAACUGGUCUGUGGUGAAUCUGUACCUGAAGCUGCAUGCUGCAGGUAACAGUGAUAGAGUCAAGGCAUAUCAUGAGAUGGAGUCUCAAGUUGUAAGGCUGCUCCAGCAAGCUACACAACUUCGUACGGAUGUGCCUUAUAGUAUAGUUUGUAUCGGGGACAAGAACAACAAUGAGAAUUUUAUAUUUUAUGUUUUGCGGAACUUGCCCAAUGAGGAUCCCAUUUUGUCUCAUGGACGAGUAGAAUUCUUUUUCCUAGCUCACCCAAAGUUGAAACAGAAACUUGAUUAUAUUGCCAACAUUCAGAAAAGCAGUAGUGGUGUCUCAUCUGUUACCAGAGACAAGACAGGCAGCACAUACUUUGGCUACAUCCAUGCUAUGAUUCAUCUGUUUUAUGAUGUUGAGGUUUUAGAGCAGUUCAAUGCAGAUGACUUUUCUCCUCCUUUCAGCUCAUCAAGAAGUAGGCAGAACAAAGACAUUGAUCAUUCAAAGAGAUUGUUGGUCAGAAUGCAGUUAAAAAAGAAUGUUGAUGACAUUCUCCCUCUUCAUCAUCAUACUCCAUUUUUACAUUUCCUAAAUCAAGUGUACAAGAAAAAGGCACUGAGGACUAUACCAGCACUGGAAAUGUUAAUGCCUGGAUGUGGCUUGAGGAUGUUGGCAGACGGUUUUACUAUGAUGGACAUUAUUAUCAGGUCCAAUCCAGAAGAGUUUGUUAAACUCUACAAGUCAGCAAUACAUUGGCCAGAAUUUGUGUCGUCACCACUUCACAAUUAUAUAAUGAUGAAAUUGACGGGCAGCGCAGCAGAGAGCGGCUUAUCAGAUGAAGAAGCACACUUAGACAAUGAAUCUGGUUAG